CAGCCUGAACAAUGCCAUCCCUUCGAAUCCGGCCGUUCCAAUCGUUUUUGCGCGGGACAACCCCACUGGCGCGAUUCCCGCAAAGACGAUGGGCUCAAGUCCACGAUGUCCGCUAUCUCGCCACGCACCAUGAUCCCAGCCAAGUGUUGGAUAAGUACCGAGAGAAGUUGGACCAGAAGGCCAAGCAGGAGGGCCAUGAAAACGUCGAUUCGCUGAAAGACGCCUACAAGGACAAGAUCGAAGACCUCCGGCGCAAAGCUUCCACAGUAGCAACCCCAGAGCCCGACACCCCGUCUGCCUCUCCCACCACCUCGCCCUCGCCGUCUGCAGUCCCUCCUCCUCCUCGCCCGCAACAGCCCGCUUCCGAGUCCAAGAAAUCCGAGUCCAGCGGCAUCAAGCCCCUCGACUCCUUCAUCGACGUUGAGAAGUUCCUCGGUCUCCCACCCAAGGAAAUUGAAGGUAUCUGGCGACUCCGUCAUGUCUCGAACCCCGGCUCCAUCUGCGCAGUUAUCCCGGUUGAAGCAUACCAGCGCAUCUCCGCCGCAGCCCGCCAGAACCCGCAGUUCAUCCUUCCGCUGCCCCGCAACAAUGUCGAACAAGAAGAGCCAGUCAAGAAUGAGAAGGGAGAGGAAACCGGCGAGACUCAGACCACCACCAAGGCUGGCGCAGACAUCCACUUCCUCCAAUGGGGCUUCCACCCGCCUGCUUCGCCGCCGGCGGAGACCGCGACACCUACUCAGCUUGCGAACGCCCACACAUCGACUAUCAUCUUCACCUCGCUUGCGGCGUACAAGCUGCACGGCGCCUACGCCCAGCCUCACACUACUAUCACCAACUAUCUCGACCUUGCGGAGUCGAAGGGCCUGGUACUCAUGCUUGGUCAAGUGAUGCCGGAUGCGGGUGUGUCGACUUCUGAGGCGAGCUGGCUGGUUAGCUGUGUGCAGCGGUUCUACGACUUCGGGGGCCAGGCUAAUGAACGGAAGGGCGAGUUGGUGCGUAGCUUUAACCGAGGUGAUACUGAGGUUUUCAAGGUUGACCAUCUGAUGGAGGAGACGGAGAAGCUAUAGAUUAUUUAGGUAGAUUGUAUAUUGACUACCCUGUACAAUAGAUAGAUUGGACUGGUCAUGAUUUUAUCUGAUGAAUGAAUGAAUGCUCACUCCUCACUCUUGCAAUAGUCACAAUUGAUAUAUUGUCAAUUUCCGAUAAUACC